AUGCCUCCAAACGAAAUUGCAAGGGCACUUAUAUUUUUCCUCAUCAAUUACUAUAGACCCAAAGUGGUCGGACCCUUCCCUGGACCCUGCGCAAGCGGGAGCUACAUGCACCAGGUUGCCCUUAAUUUAGAAUCACAUAAUGCAUGCAUAUCUGCAUUUGUCCCUCUUAUCUUUCAGUGUAUUGGUGCCAAUGCUGCAUUUGGAGUUGGAGAGGCCGAGGCCACCUGCUGCAAGAGGCAAAUGGUCAACUACAGCCGCAAGUUACUCUCUGCGAGAGGAUCACAGGUGUUCUGCCGGCAGUUUCAAUUUAGUCAGGCGGUUGCCAUCAUCGUGAGACUGCCGACUGGAGGAACUACAAUGGCUCUUUGUUCCAGCCAUAUCCGAUCCCCUGGGCUGGAGCUUUCCGGUCACCUGAAGAGCAUGGUGCAUGGGGCGUGCCGUUGGCGUCUGCCUGGAUGGGGACACGGGCCACCUGUAUGUGCUUGUUGUCACACUCCUGGAACCACUCAAGCAGCUCCUGCCCGUGCGGCCAUGCAUGACGGCAUCAUAACAAUAUCGUUAUCAGUGUGCACGCUAAUGUGGCGUGUUAGCCCCUUUGCUACGCUAUGA